AUGGCUGCCCACGUGCCCCUGCCCCCUGGCCUGCCCCAGCUGCUCAAAGCCGGCACCAGGUACUUCUCCGGCCUGCAGGAGUCGCUCUUCAGCCACAUCACGGCCUGCCGGGCCCUGGCCCUGUGCCUCCGCACCUCCUACGGGCCGCUGGGCCGCAGCAAACUGGUGAUCACCCACCUGGGCAAGCCCCUGUUCACGGCCCACGCCGGCACCAUCCUGCGGGAGCUGGAGCUGGAGAACCCAGUGGCCCGGAUGCUGGGCGCGGCCAGCCAGGCCCAGGAGGAGGAGACGGGCGACGGAGCCAACGCCGUGGUGCUGCUGGCCGGGGCGCUGCUGGACAACGCCGAGAAGCUGGUGCGUGCCGGGCUGCCCGUGGCCGCCGUGCGGGACGGCUACGAGGUGGCCUGCAAGGAGGCCGUGCGGCUGCUGCCCGGCCUGGCCUGCCACACGCUGGCGGAUCUCCGGGACCCGGACAGCGUGGCCUGGGCCCUGCGCACCGCCGUGGGCAGCAAGCUCUUCGGCUAUCAGGAUUUCCUCGCCGGGCUGGUGGCCCGGUGCUGCGUGGCCGCGCUGAGCCCGGAAGGCACCUUCGAGCCCGAUAACGUGCGCCUCUGCCAGGUGCCGGGGGGCGGCGUCACUGACUCCUGCCUGCUGGAGGGCAUGGUCUUCUGCACCGAGGCUGAGAGCCGGGCGCACCAGGCACACCAGGCCCGGAUUGCCGUCUACUGCUGCCCCUUCGGCCUGGCCCACACCGAGACCAAGGGCACGAUGCUGUUCCAGGGGCCGGCAGAGAUGCGGGCGUACAGCGAGGAGGAGCUGCUUGGGCGGCGCGUCCGGGCCAUUGCCGAGGAGGGGGCCGGCGUGGUGGUGGUGGGCGGGCGGGUGGACCCGCUGGCCCUGCAGUACGCCGACCAGCUGGGGCUGAUGGUGGUGCGGCUCAACUCCCGGCUGGAGCUGCAACGCCUCUGCCGGGCCGUGGGCGCCGUCCCGCUGGCCAGCCUGGUGCCCCCGCCGCCCGGCGCCCUGGGGCACUGCCGGCACGUCUAUCUGACCGAGAUCGGGAGCACGGCUGUGGUGGUUUUCCGCCAGGACGGCGGAUCCUGCCCCGUGGCCACUGUCCUGCUGCGGGGCGCCACCACCGAGCUGCUCUGCAGCCUGGAGGAGGCGGUGACGGACGGGCUGAACACCUACAAGGCCCUGGUGGGUGACCGCCGGCUGCUGCCCGGGGCGGGGGCCGUGGAGAUGGCCCUGGCCGUGCGGCUGGCCACGCUGGGCACCUACAUCCCCAGCCCGGAGCAGUACGCCAUCCUGGAGUUCGCCCAGGCCUUGAAGACCCUGCCGGCGGCGCUGGCCGAGAACGCUGGGCUGCCGGUCAACGAGACCAUGGCGGCGCUGGAGGCCCUGCACCAGCUGGGCACGGCCACGGCCGGCAUCCGGCUGGGCGAGGGGGGGGCUCCCACCAUGGAUGCGGCCCAGGAGGGGGUGCUGGACUCCUUGCUGGUCAAGGAGAGGGCCAUCCGCCUGGCCGUCCACACGGCCACCACCCUGCUGGGCGUCAGCCACAUCCUGGUAGCCAAAAAGAGCGGGGGGCCCAAGGUCCGGGCAGAGAACCCCAACUGGGACCUGGAACCCGAUGCCCUGGAGUGA